GGAGGGAGAAGAGGAGGGACAGAGGCUGAGAGAGAGACAGAGAGGGAGGGUGUGAGGCUGGAAGUGUGUGAGAAGAGAGAGAGAGAGAGAAACAGCAGUGUGUGUGAGAGGUUGAAGGAUCACUUCAAUCCCGUCUUGUUUUGGGGGAGACUAACCUUGUUCAUCUGAAGCAUUGUCGGACUGUUUUAUGUUGUUGUUGUCGAGAGAGACGGACCCUUACUCCAGCAUGCUCACUGAGCCUGAGCUACCUCAGGAGUGUAACAGGAUGUCUUCCAAGCGACCAGCCUCUCCAUAUGGGGGGACAGAUGGAGAGGUAACCAUGGCAACCAGCAGACAGCGAGUGGAGGACGAGGAGAGCGAGGGACUGGGCGGUGUCAUCCACCUCCCUCUGGCCUCCUACUGCGGAAAGGUGUCCCCUCGCUCGCCCCCCAGCCGCCACUUGGACAGCCCCCCCAGCACGGAGCAUGAGGGCAUGAAGGGGAGCUCCCUGAGCCCUUACCCACAGCAUAAUGCUACCUCACCAGGCAAAGAGGAGAGCGGAGGUGGGGGGCGGCCCUGCAACGAUGGGGGCACGGCGACCGGUACCCUGGGGACCCCUGAGAGACGCAAGGGCAGCCUGGCAGAUGUUGUGGACACACUGAAACAGCGCAAGAUGGAAGAACUGAUCAAAAACGAGCCAGAAGAGCCCCCCAGCAUUGAGAGGCUGUUGUCAAAGGACUGGAAGGAUAAACUUUUGGCCAUGGGCUCAGGGCACAUCGGAGAAAUUAAAGGUACCCCAGACAGCCUGGCGGAGAAGGAGCGCCAGCUCAUGGGCAUGAUUGGCCAGUUGAGCAGCCUGAGGGAGCAGCUUCUGGCGGCGCAUGAGGAGCAGAAGAAGCUGGCCGCCUCACAAAUGGAGAAGCAGAGGCAGCAGAUGGAGCUGGCCAAGCAGCAGCAGGACCAGAUUGCCCGGCAACAGCAGCAGCUCCUGCAGCAGCAACACAAAAUCAACCUCCUGCAGCAACAAAUCCAGCAGGUCCAGGGCCAACUCCCUCCACUGAUGAUUCCAGUGUUUCCUCCUGACCAGCGGACCCUGGCCGCCGCCGCAGCCCAGCAGGGCUUUUUGAUGCCCCCCGGGUUCAACUACAAGCCUGGCUGCAGUGACCCUUACCCUCUCCAGCUCAUCCCCACAACAAUGGCUGCCGCUGCCGCCGCCACGCCGGGCCUGGGUCCCUUGCAGCUCCAACAGUUGUAUGCAGCUCAGCUGGCGGCCAUGCAGGUUUCCCCGGGAGCGAAGCAGCACAGUGGCAGCCUCGCGCCACAAUCCAACCUGGGCGCACACUCCCCACCCACCAACUCGCAUCCACAGGGGGACAAGAACCGCAAUUCGCCAUCCUCACACAAGAACAAGGACAGUGAGGGUGCACAGCCACUGAACCUGUCGGCCAAGCCUAAGGCAUCCGAGAGCAAGUCACCCAACUCCCCCCCAACUUCCCCACAGGUUCCCGCUGCUGCUGCCGCCACCACCAAGCUGGGUCCCGCUGGCUCCCUGAAGCACAGUGCAGUGCCCUCCAGCAUCGGAGCGCCGCCGACCAGAGUCAGCUCAAUAGCAGACUUGCUGUCUUCGCUGUCUUCAACAGCCUACCUGAACGACCACGAGGCGGUAAGCAAGGCCUUCGCCGAGGCCCGGCAGAUGAAGGAGCAGCUGAAGGGGGAGCAGCAGGCCCUCGACGCCAAGCUGGCCUCCGUCAGCAACCUCAGCCUCAACAACGGACGCUCAGACAAGGAGAAAGCUGCCUUGGAGAGUUUGAGUCAGCAGCUGAAGCAGCAGGCCGACGACAAGUUUAGCCACGCCAUGCUGGACUUCACCAUGAGUGGAGACUCUGACGGGUCCCCCAGCGUGUCAGACUCCAGAAUAUUUCGGGAAACCCGCGGCCGGAACAACAACGAGCCGCACAUCAAGCGGCCGAUGAACGCCUUCAUGGUUUGGGCCAAAGACGAGAGGCGGAAGAUCCUCCAGGCGUUCCCAGACAUGCACAACUCCAACAUCAGCAAGAUUCUCGGCUCGAGGUGGAAAGCCAUGACCAACCUGGAGAAGCAGCCGUACUACGAGGAGCAGGCUCGCCUCAGCAAACAACAUCUGGAGAAAUACCCGGACUACAAGUAUAAACCUCGGCCCAAACGCACCUGCCUGGUGGACGGCAAGAAGCUGCGCAUCGGCGAGUACAAGGCCAUCAUGAGGUCCCGCAGGCAGGAGAUGAGACAAUACUUCAGCGUAGGGCAGCAGGGCCAGCUGCCCUUAUCCUCAGCAGGCAUGGUCUACCCAGGUGCCCUUUCCAUGGCAGGGAUGCCCUCCCCCCAGAUGCCCUCAGAGCACUCGAGCAUGUCCAGCAGCCCCGAGCCCAACGCCAACCACCAGAACCCCCACAUGCCUGAAGGACUGAAGGGGGACGAGCCACGGAUCAAGGAGGAAGAACUGCGGCUAGACGACAGCAACGGUGAUGUGUACGACGAUUUCGACUACGAGGACGAAGAGGCCGACUACACCAGCGAUAACGAGAACCACAUCACCCAUUAAGGGGGCGCCAGUGACUGCUGGUAAAUCUUUAAGGAUUCUAAACUCAUCAGUCAGGAAGAGGAGUUUGUAUUUUGCCAAUCACCUCAAGUUUAAAAAAUAAAAACACCUCCCACCCUCUCUUCUCCUGGCUAACAUGGACUCUCUGACCAGAGCCAAACCCCCUCUCCUCCCACUGGAGUCCUGAUACCAGCAUCGGAUCAAUUAAUGGAAGCACAGGACCUGUCACUCACACUGACUGUUACACAUGCUGGAGUCUGGGAGGAAGCCAGUUUAAAGCUCACUGAGGAAUAUUCAAGUACUACUGCAAGAGUGUAAUGCCACAAGUGAGGAGACAUUUAUAAAAAUCAACCCUUUUCGCUCCCAUUUGGAGAAAAGGAGACAUUUUAAACUGAAACACUAAACAGCGGACCUGUCAAAAGGCUAACAGAAGACACUUUAGGAUGGCGGACCUGUUUAUUAUCAAGAGACACUUUUAAGAAACAGCUUUUUUUGUUCUUUGGUUCUAUAAUAUUCUCACUCAGGUACACGGUGCCAAUAAGUGGCUUGUGAAUGUGAUUUGUUGUUUUUGUGCUACAAGUUUGGAUAAUAAUAGAAAAAAGAGACUUCUUUUUUCCCCUUUUGUUGUAAAGCACCUAAAACACAUCAGACCUUUAUUUUUAACUGAAUCUCCAGCCUUGCAGCGUGCUGUCGGCGCCUCCACCUGCCUCUCUUUCUCCCCCCCCCUUCCCUUCAGAGAUGAGGCGACGGGAGGGGGGGCAUGGGCACCCGAACAGGGGCGCCCCCCGGAGCGAAAUCGAAAGCACUGUGUUUGUGAGACAAUCCACGAGUUUUCUUCUCGCUCCAUCUCUCCUGUCUGCGUCUCCAUAUCAUCUAUUUUUUAAAAAGCUGAAAUAUCCGACAGGUGUGGGUCAGUGUGUGUCGUUUACAGCACUUUUUUAUUUUUUUUUUAUUUUAGAGCAAAUGAAAGGAGCUAAAACAAAAUCUUGAAGAAUAAGAAACUUGUUCUGCUGCUGUUAAUGCGCUGUAACACACACACCGUCUCGCUCACACACACACAAAAAAGCUAUUGUUGCGUCUUUUAAGUGUUUCCCUGCUCCCUCCAAUCAACGUCGUCCUGCUGUAACCCAGUGGGUGGAGCCGGAGAGCAGUCAGCCAGUCAGUGUUUCUGUAUUUUAUUAUUAUUUUUCUUUAAAACUGCCUCUAGUCUAAUAAUAUUAUUAACCAUAAUUAAGAGGAUGGUCAGCGUUUCCUGAGUUUAGUAAGUUAUGUACAGUAUAAUUUAUUUUUUUCUCCUUUAUCAGGUUUUUGUGGCCGUGCGAAACGGCCGCUGAAACAUUAUUCUAUUUAGCGGGUAUGUAUUUAGAUUUAAGCAGAAGUUGUUCUUUUACCCUGCUUUGUUUUUGUUAUGUUUGUCUUUUUUUUUUCCUCCUCCCCCCUUAAUCUGUUCGAUUUGUAUUAACCCUUCGGAUGGAUGUGCGACGGAGUUAGGACCGCAAACUUCUCCUUUUUAACGUCCAUGCCCAUUUCUAAGAAGCACUCAGACUCUCUGCAGUCAGAGAAAAAGAAGAACAUUAAUAUUUUUUAUUAUCGUUAUAAUUUUAUUUGCAUUUUUCACCAUGUACAAUGUGAAGGUUUCCUCUUUUCAUUUGAUUCUCUUGUGCUUUGAAAAUGAUUUGAAGGAUUUCUGUGAACACAGAGAGCCGUCCCUGUUUACUAGCUCAGCCGCCUCAUGGAAACGCAGUGAAGCAACAUCUGCUUGGAUCCUUGCACAUACAGCCCCAAUCAGUCGUUAAAAUGCUCUUCAUCAGCAUGAAUGUCAUGUCAGUUUUCAGCUUUUGAUCACACAUUUGGAUCAUUUUUUUCAUUUGAUUGAAUUAAACAAAAAAAAAUAGCUUUUAAAACACCUAUUUAUUGAAGUUUUUCCUCCAUUUAAAAGGGUGGAAAUGUGCCUCACCUCCUAAAUGUUCUUUAGUUGGUUGAAGCUUAACCAUAAGAAUGUUUAAUCCCUGUUCCUCUGGGAGACAGCAUUUAAAAUACUUAGUUUGCCACCAUAAAGACGGCACUAAGGUUUGGUCCCAAUAUUUUAAUUUAAAUAAAGUUGAAUUCAUCCUGCAAAUCUAACCUUAGUCUGUUUUUUUUUCUGUCUGGGAUCUUUCUGUAACCAACAAGCAGUUGAUUUGAGAUAAAUGAAAGUCUCUGUGGGUAUUUCUAAAGUUUUAGGACAUCUAUUGUGGCUUCAAACCCUCCAAGUUCAUGUGGAUAUGUGAUCUACCCCACUCCAUCUCUUGAACCUUAACUUGAACGUGACCAUUUUUCAUUUCAUCCUAGUUCACCAGGAAAAUGAUCCCAGACUUUCAUCAGAACUAGUUUUAUCCUAAAACUAUGUACCGCUAUCUUCCCUUUUUAUCUGUAUUAAAGAUAUGAGGACUAUCCCUGAAACCCACAUGUAUGUAUUUUUUCUUAAAUCUGCACAAAUUCCAAACUUCUUUAGCUAGUUCUUCUUUUUUUUAAGUUAAUGAUGUUAUUUUCAAACACGAAUCCCCUGAAAAAAAAAAAACAUGCAUCUUAAUGCAUCCAAUCAGACAUUCAUAUUGAUUAUACUAAAACUUAAAAUUGUUGCAACUAAACAAAUCAUAUGCUGUUGUUUUAAAUACAUAAAAAGCUUUUUUUUCUUUAGUAAUAGAAGUGUUUUUUUGUCAUGGUGAUAGAAGAGCAGUGUUUCACUGAGUUUGGUUGUGAGGCGGCUCUGCAGUAUGUUUAACAUUUCUCAUCAGGAGCCCUUUGCUUUGUUUGAGCUCCACACGACGCUACAGGAGCCAUGACUACUCUUCAGGUGUGACAUCACUUAGUGAUCCCCAAUCUUUUUUAUCACUAUAUAAAUGUUCCACAUAAAAAGCGCCUAGGUCUUAAUUGUGCUGUAAAGUCAACCCUUUUUUUUUAUUUUUUUAUCGCCACAUUGAUGCUGGAGAGAGGAAUCAGGAGAGCAUGUGGGGCAUUAAAGACAUCAAUCAUCCCUGCUGGCAAGGUCUGUCCCUAUAUCAAGACAAUGAAAAUGAUAUUAUUUAAGACAAUCAGUCACGAGUGGAGCUCAAAACAAAGUAAUUAUUACAAACAAAAACUAUCUUACCAUCUCAACUUGAAAAAUCAAGAAAGAUAAUUAUGUAAAUAUAACAUAGAGUUAUAGAUUUAUAUUUUGUUCAUAACACAGUGUAAUAUAAGUUGUAUAUUUCUUUUUUUUUCUCUCUCUCUCUCUCCCUAUUGUCUCUUUUAUUGAUGUUUAUCCAUGCCACAGAAAAGCAAGAGUCACAGCACUCUCACACAAAAAAAUGACGAAAAAAUAUCAAAGAAAUAAAGAAAAACAGGAAAAAAAAUCCGUGGGCUGCCACCACCAUCUGUUCUAAGUUCACUUUUUUUCAGUAUUACUGCCAGACAAGGCUCUAAUAAAGACAGCAAUGUGUUGAGUAAA